GCCAUAAACAAUAAAAUGGCGUUCGGUUUUUUGUGUGUGCUAUGAAAUUAUUGUUUUCAUGAAAUCAAAAAAUAUAAUGGAUAAUUGCUUUUUUAAUUUGAUUUUUUGGUAGAAAAUAUGAUUGCAUAGUUUAGUACAAUAACAAAAGGACUGUUUUAAGCGUCAUUAACCUCGGAUUACGUGUGUGUCAAUCUAGCCUUUAGCGUCCAGUGCCGCCUUUUUCUUGGAGUUGAUGACUUUAUUUUACAAGUUUUGGUGUAUCGGUGCGUAGGUUAAUUUCGUAAAUAUCCAAUAAUUCUCUAUGGCAAUGUCUAAUUUAAAAUUAACAAAGUUGUUUCGGCGCUAUGAUUGAUGGGUGCGUUGUGUGACUUGUGUUAGUGGUUGUGAAAGCGUACGUACAUGUUCGUAAUGGCAAAGCUGUCAUGAGUGUUUACUAUUCAAACACUGCAUGUGUGUUAUUUGGCUUAGUAAUUAAUGUAGUAAAUAAUUAUAAGUGAAAAUGUGUAUGCCAACGCCGAAUAAUGUCUCGGGCUUCGGGUAUUCGUGGGGUUUUACCAGCACCGCGGAUCUUACCAAGUGUGAAGUUGAAACCCCAAGCAGUUUGAGUUAUACCUUAGGAAAUACGGUCUCACCAGAAACAACAUUAACUGUGAUGUCUAAUAAGACACCACAAGCUCAAGAUAAAGUAGGAACAGUGGCAGUGGCUGUAACAAACGCAGCGACUCAAGUAACAAGGGUUGUGACUGCUGGCACCCCAGUUGGGGGACGUAGAGCUAUGUUUGUUUUAAAUGAAGCACCCACGCACACGAUAAAUAGGGUGUCGCAACAAAACCAAACUGCGACAAUACAGAGUGAGUACAAAAAAAAAAAAAACACAGCAAAUUUAGCAUCAAAACCAUUCAUGACACCAAUUGGACCCAUACAGCUGACUGCGGAGGAAUGUAACGAAAUAUUAAUGAAACGUGCCUUGCAAGCUCAGGGAAUCACAACACCAGUGAUUGAUGCUUCACAGUUAAAUCAUACUCUACUGAACGGUAGUCUAAAGAGCCUUGCUGAAGCAACGGCACAGUCACAAGCUGAUACAAUACCGACGACCACAGUUCAUCAACACCACCUGUUACACACUAAACAGGAACCAGGCACAGCAAAUAAUUCACCUAAACAGACCGUUUAUUCCCAAACUGACAUGAUGACCAACACAGUGAUGACAGCAGUGGUACCUCCUAUGAAAGAGAGGCCAUAUUCAUGUGAUGAAUGUGGCAAGUCAUUCUUGUUGAAACACCACCUUACCACGCAUGCAAGAGUACAUACAGGUGAAAGACCUCAUGUGUGUGGACAUUGUGGCAAAGCAUUUGCAAGAAAACAUUGUUUGAACACUCACUUACUGCUUCAUUCAGCUGCUCGACCCUACAGGUGUCAUGAGUGUAAGAUGGCAUUCACACUCAAACACCAUCUUGUAACACAUUCAAGAGUGCACAGUCGUGACCGUCCUUUUGUCUGUGGUGAGUGUGGCCGUGGUUUCCCCCUCAAGAGGCAUCUUGUGACACACAGCAAGUACCAUGCUGGCGAGCGGCCCUAUGUUUGCACUGAUUGUGGAGAAAGCUUUGCACAAAAGGAACAUCUCGUCAUGCAUAGUCGAUUUCAUGGUUCGCUUUCCCCAUUUGUAUGUCCUGACUGCGGUGUAGCAUUCGCUAGAAAGUUUCAACUCGUGAAUCACGGAAGAGUGCAUGGUCGAGUACCACACGCAUGUCCAGUGUGUGGCAAAGAGUUCUUGCAGAAAAGAACACUUGUAGCCCAUAUGAAAAUUCACACUGGAGAAGGUGUGGUAGCAUGUAUAGAGUGCGGGGAUGCAUUCAAAUGUAAGACGGAAUUACAGGAGCAUUGUAAAAUGACGAGGCAUUGUCUUAGUACUUCACAAAAUCAACAAAGUCAACAGCAACAACAGGCUCAACAGCAGCAGCAGCAACAACAGCAACAACAACAGCAGCAGCAGCAGCAGCAGCAACAGCAACAGCAACAACAGCAGCAGCAGCAGCAGCAGCAACAACAGCAGCAACAGCAACAACAACAACAACAACAGCAGCAGCAGCAGCAGCAGCAACAACAACAGCAACAAACUACUGUCAUAAAACAGGAUGACUUUAAGCCACAAAUAGUGCAAGUCAUUGGUGCUGAUGGUCAAAUUUUAUCAGAGAAAGCAACACCUGGAUAUAUUUGCCCAGAAUGUGGUUCCUGUUUUAAUACAAAGUUUGUCGGUCUCCAGGAGGCGCUUUCGCUGCACGUGCGUCUUCAUGCAGGCGACCGCACGUGCGUGACGGACCUGUGCGCGCUCACCGCCGCGCUGCAGCCCGGCCUCGUGGCCGCCGCGCAGCACGCCACGCACGCCUCGCACAUACAGUACAGGAGUGUACCGCUGCACGACCGCACGUGCGUGACGGACCUGUGCGCGCUCACCGCCGCGCUGCAGCCCGGCCUCGUGGCCGCCGCGCAGCACGCCACGCACGCCUCGCACAUACAGUACAGGAGUGUACCGCUGCACGACCGCACGUGCGUGACGGACCUGUGCGCGCUCACCGCCGCGCUGCAGCCCGGCCUCGUGGCCGCCGCGCAGCACGCCACGCACGCCUCGCACAACCAACCUAUUCAAAUUAUAUCAUCGAAUCCAAACAAUGUUGUUCAUACACAGAAUCACAUAUCUACUCCCCGGCCUAAGUUACACUUUUGUGUCGACUGUGGAAAAGGAUUUGCGGCGAAACACGGUUUAUUAGCACAUCAUAGGAGACAUCCAGAAGGUGCUUGUACAUUAAGAACGCAUGUUUGCGAUCAAUGCGGAAAAGCAUUCUUCCAGAAAAAUCACUUAAUGUUACAUCAACGACAACACAUGGAUCUGCCUCCCAGAAAUUCGCAAGCGCAGCAACAAGCGACUCAAGCGCAACAACAGGCUGCACAGCAAGCAGCACAACAAGCAGCGCAGCAGGUCGCGCAGCAAGCGCAGCAACAAGUGCAACAACAACAGCAACAACAACAACAGCAACAACAACAGCAGCAUCAGCAAGUUCAGCACCAGAAUAGUCUAGAAUUGGAUCAGCAAGAUCAUCAGCAACCGACACACAUACAAGUGGUCACGAACAGGUCGGGGCAGGUGAUCGGCAACCAGAUAGUGGUGGGCACGGUGGCGGGGCGGCGCACGCUGCUGAGCUCGCCGCUGCUCGUGUCGCGCGACGGCAAGCCGCUCGCCGCGCAGCUCACGCACAAGCGACACGUUGGCGACUUAAAAGAAGUCAGCGGUUUGAUGCUAUCAACGGGGCGGGGCACGGGGCUCAUAAAGUACGAGAUCUCCAUCCCGCCUCCUUCGUCUGUAGUACAAGUGCAGCAACUUGACUGA